CUGUGAUCUUAUCAAUGAUUCCAUUGUCGCUGGCGGCCGUGCUGCGCGUGACAAGUUGUUUUCACUGUUUGAAGACCAGCGUCUUGGCAUGUGACUUAUUGUUCGACUAACACCACUCAUUCAUUUACGUUGACCAACAGACCUACAAUAUGGUGACAACUUGCGGUUUCAUUUAAAGAGCGUCACAUCUUGUUUUUUUUUUGUUUCUUAUCAAAUAUUAUUUUUUUGUUUAAUUGUAGAAAGAGUUUCGUAGUUUGAUUCUUUAAACUAAAGAAUUAAUUGAUAUAUAUUUUAAAAUCCAUGGCUGCUAAUACAAUUACUAAACAAAACGUAUUUAUUAAGAAAUAAAAAAUAAUUUGACUCUAUAAAGAACUCUUUCUGAAAACAACAUUUUGUAGUAAAAUGGAUGGAUACUCUUGUGGUCUUGGCGAAGGUUUCUUGGAGUUCUGUGCUCAUGGCUAUUUCAUGGAACCAUCAUACGAUUGUGUCAGCAAUCCUCAAAUGUAUUCGGAGUUUUCACACUUUCAUCCAGACUCGUACUUGGACUCGCCUGAGUCAGACCAGGAGAACUGCGGCGGGUUCUUCGAUUCCAGGCUUGACCACCUGGUGGAGGGUCCGCCCAAGAAGAACCAGCAGCGGAAGGCGGCGAACAUGAGAGAGAGGAGGAGAAUGAAAUCCAUCAACGAUGCUUUUGAACAUUUGCGGAGGCGCAUCCCUUCGAAUGUCAACGCAGACAGGCGACUCUCUAAGGUCGACACGCUGCGCCUGGCUAUCAAGUAUAUUUCAUAUUUAUCAGAACUCGUCAAGACCUGCGGGGACAUGAAGGAACAUUCCAGACAGAGAAGAGCGCAGGAGAAAAUUAUUUUAAAGUGUCACGUGACAGAUUCGGAGGAUUAUGAUUUUGAAAGUGGUCAAACCGUCAUUGGUCAUUCACUGUCCUGGUUUCACAAGCAUGGUGACCCGUCCAACAAGGCCACACUAACUGCCAAAAUUUGGAUGCCUUGUAUUCCGACGGAUUCAGAUCUCAUCAAUCUCAACUCAACGUCCAACCAUUGUAUUGAUACCAUAUGAAAUAUUCGACAUAAGAUUCAUCUGAGACCAGAACUCCUAACAGGAACUGAAUUUACCCAACUUCAACACUGGCCUAUAUUUCUUUUGGUGCAUAUAAUUGGCACUGAUAGACUGGUCAAUUGCAUCAAUGAAAUUCGCCUUUAGCGGAGUGAUUUGUUAUAUUACAGAUGAUAACACGCAGCUAUUAUUCCAAGUUGUGUUUACCAAUAUUUAUACUGCUUUAAAAAAAUAUAUGCAAUUACAAAAUAUAAAAUAAAGAGGUCCAAUAGUGGACAAAACGAGAACAACACUGUAAGCUAUUAGCAGUACAUGUACAUAUGUGAUUCAGACAGCCUCGUUUUCAUAACGAAGUUAAGUCAUUCACAAACAAAGCAGACGAUAUAAAAUCUAGUUGUGAGGACUGCUAAGCAGAUUUGAUUUUGAAACAACACUUAUCGCUUUGUUUCUUUACAGCAUUGUGUUCAUUCAUAUGGUUCAGUGCACCUUGAGCCUCGUUUUAGUUACUGAGGAAGUGUGCGUCAAGCUAAUCGCCAUUGGACUUAUACUUAAUUACACAAAGACAAACGGCUUGAAUGAAUCCAAUCAUCUUCAGAAAGCUGUCCCAUCAAGGCCCAGCAAACAGUUUAAGUUUAAAUGAUGAUGAUGUCGGCUUCGCAAUUAGUUUACCUAAGUUACAUCGCAUUAUAAACUGAUUUAUCAUUAUAGCAUUUAAAAUAAAGUCAACGCUAUUGUUGUACUGAGCAAUUAGUUCAGAAACUAUAAUAGCCUUAUGCCGCCUUCGAUCUUCCUUCCUCCUCCCCCGUUAAAACAAGCUACCCCCUUCACCACACACUAUUUAUCUUAGCUAUUCUCUACCAUGAAAUUUUAUAUUGUUAUCAGGGUCAGUGCUGUUUAUUAAGCUGUUAUAUACUCAGACCAAUAGCUCGUUUAUCCCCCCCCCCCUCUCCGACGUAAAGAUUCUUUGUUAAAAAGUGCAAAGGGCAAUGUAACCUAACACGGUUCUCCGUUAAACUCUAAAGGCUCAACACUUGUUUUCUUCCAAUGACCGAAUGUUGAAAGAAAAACACAAUUAGGUUCCAAAAAGUCUUCCACCCUUCUGUCAACCGUCAGCCUUUCAAUAUUUCUGUUUUUUUAAUUAGUGAGAGCUCACUGCUCGACACGCGAGCUCAGGGAGUUGGUGUUUUUUCUUUGAACUUUAAUGGACUACGUUGGCUUGGUACAACAAGUGUCGCUUGUACAAGCUCUGCUCCAAGUUCUGACUUGAAAUCGAAGUGUUUUAUUGUUGACAUUGAUUGCGUGCGCUCCUUAACCAUCAAUUGUGUUCAGUAAUUGGAUAUGUUUUAUGUUUUAAUAAUUAAUAAGUGCAUUGAUUAACUCUAGACUUCUCUUUGAUCCAUGUAGCAUGUAUACUGCCCAUAUCUAGCUUAUAUGCAGCCCAUAAGUUACGUAUAUAUUGCAUAUAUAUAUACAGCCUAUAUGUGGCAUAUAAGAAGCCUAAAUGCAGCUCGCAUUUAGCGUACAUGUAGUCUAUAUGCAGCCCAUAUAUAGACUGUAUGCAGCGUAUAUGUAUGUAGCCUAUAUGCAGCCCAUAUGCAGGUGUAUUCUGAAUGUAAUAAAAUUCUUACAGGGGCGUAGUAUACUUUUUGGUACAUUUGUGGAGGAAGCUAAUGACAAGUAAAUGAGACAACUGUGUCAAGUAUUAACCUAGCUUCCAAACUCCCCCAGCGGACUGUCCCAUAACCUUCUUGUUUUACUUUCGCCUCUUUAUUUUUUAAAUCAUUUGUAAAUUGCACACAUUGUAACUGAUUUUGAUGCAGUCUCUCUGACGGGUUAUGAAGAAUAGCUCUGUGCGAUGUUCAGUAUCGCAAGUCAUUCCAUCAUUCUGAGAUACAUCAGAGAGUUAAUUAGUGAAACAUAUUUUGAUUGAUACAUUUACGAUAUGUCUGUAUGAUAUCAUUGCCUAUUGUACUAUUUUUUUUCCAAACCAUGUAUUGCAACAUAUUUGAGUAUUCUAGUCCUGAGUGUAAAUAAUCUUCUGUAUGAUAGUUUUGUACAGAACGUUUUUUUUUUUCAACUUCGAAUUUAAAAUCCGAUAAUUCAUAUAUAGCCUAAGCCUACACAUUGAAGUACUUUUUCUUACCACAGAUUUAUAUCAAAUUCUUAAAAAUAACGUAGACCAUGACGCAUUAAAUAACUUUAUAGAAAUAUAGUUUGACAGUAGACUAAGUCUUUAUGGUUAUUCAGAGAAGACUAGGAAGUAACAGUGUGGGUGCCUAUCAGUUAUUUGUGCUAAGUCUUUGACCUAAUUCAUUAUUUAUCUUAAGUACUGAAAUUCAGUUAUUUAUAUAUUUUUUUUUUCGAACAAGAAACACAUACAAAAAAAAUAAAAAAUUACAAUACUGUCUGAUGGUCUCUAUGCUAUGGCACAACGAUUCGAUGUGAUAAAAGUUUUUUUCAUUUUAGUCAGAUGCUACAACGAAAUAUAGUGCCUUACUGUAAGAUUGUUAUCUGUUGUUAUUUGUUACAAACUGUUUGC